AUGGAAUAUCUGUUUGACAGAAAAUGGCUACAACCCAACAAAGCGCAGUGGCAGCCAUUUUACACCACAGAAACCUUCUAUCAUUACGAAAGUCCUUCUCCCACUUACAAUGGCAGGAUUGAAGACUGUGACAUGAGACGACAUCUUCAACUUCACCUCAGUCCUCACUCCAGCUUCUUAUCCUUUGUGGUGAUCCUCAGUUUGCUUGCCAACCUCCUGGUUUUGGUGAUUUUGGUCAAGUAUGAGAAUCUAAAGUCCCUCACAAAUCUGUUCAUCCUCAACAUGGCCUGCUCUGAUUUGAUUUUCACCAUCACCCUUCCAUUCUGGGCUGUGUACUACUUAAACCAUUGGGUUUUUGGUGUUUUUCUUUGCCAUUUUGUGGAAGCAGCAUACUUCGUUGGCAUGUACAGCAGUAUCAUCCUGCUGACUGCCAUGACUGUAGAUCGUUUUGCAACAGUGGUAUUGCGCAAACUGGGCCGAGCAACUCGCAAGAAGGAAGAGGUGUGCAAUUGGAGCCUGUGUAGCCACGUGGAUCAUCAGCAUUGGUGCAUCCAUCAGCGAGUCGAUGGAUAUGACCGUGGAAGGUCAACGAGGAAGGUUUUGCAUACUGUGAAGAAUCCACUGAGGACUCUAAUGACUACCUGAUUAUUAUCUGCAAGUGUCAUUCCUCUUCUUCCUCCCGUUUGCCAUAUUGUUUUCUGCUAUGCUGCCAUCCUCAUCACUGUAAUGAAGGCUUCAAACAGAAGGAAGGGUCGGACUGUAGUGAUGGUCUUGUGCAUUGUUUUGGCCUACUUUAUCUGCU